UCAAUUCGUAACCAAACCUAUACAUACGUCCCAAACUUACUUACCACGGGCUCACCCGUUAUUAUCACCAUGCUAUCACUCUACCUCCAAAGCGAGUCGCAAAGGUGGGCAGCUGAGCACCAUCAGAGCUACCCCGCAUCCACAUCCCCUGACGACUCUACCACUAUUACUGGCAGCUCCUACUACGAAGACAGCGACACCGAGUCUAUUUUCUCACGCAGCCCCAGAUCUCGCCGAUCCUCCAUCUCCAGCAUAGCUUCCGAAGACGCAGUAGCACCGGUUGCUUUUGAGCCCCCGCGAGACUUCAAUGGGGCACCUAUCACGAUGUAUGCUUCACUGGACCAAGCAGUGACACAGAGCACAGAAAGAGCCGAGGCACAGACUCCCCGGCGGCUUGUGACGCCGGGCAAGCUAUACGAGAACGAGGAAGACGACGACGAGAUCAUCGAGAUGGAUGAGGAGGACCAGAAACACGAAAACAAUAUGGCAGCAGAACACAACCAUCACUACCAGCAGCACCACGGCUCUAGUGGUGGCGGCAUUGCCCACGCCACCAACGCCACCACGGCUGCGGUAGGCUGAGAGUGAGAGAUGCCGGGAAAGCCCAAGCUAGAGGCAAUGCCAAGCUCGGGCGCGGCUUCACGGCGCAAAUCGAAUUGCAGCAGCGUGCUUCUUGGCACAGGUCUUGGGAGUUCUUGGGGUUUUAUUGGGAAUUGGGGGGAGGGUCUUCGAACCCUUUUUAUGCUUUUGACCGCCAAGGCGGAAACGGGGCGUCUAGCGAUUCGCUGCUUUUGCUUAUGGCUAGGUUAGCAGUUAGUGAAGUGAGAAACGACCGGACGACGGGAAACGGGAACGGGAACGGGAAAGGGAAAGGGAAAACACAAAGUCGUGUGGCGUUAGGCAUUAAACGGCUGAAGUGUAAUUUGAUUUAUUUCUUACGGGAUGGGGGUAAGCGGCUGGCUGGACAACGAACGAAUGAACGAUACGAUUACAUAUGAAAUGGGGAUACUACGCCGCCGCCACUGCUGUAUUCCAUUUAUUAUUUUCAAGGGGGAAACAAGGAAACACGGAUGGAUGGAGGGAGGGAGGAAAUACCAAGAUACCAAGAAGAUACCCAAGAACCAGAAGAAAAAAAAAACGACUAUUCUCGUCUCUGAUUCAUACUUUAGUACAUAGAUUAGCAUACUAUAUGUAGGUACCGUUACAUCUAUGUACUACUACUACUACUACUACUA